AUGGGCCGCUGGCUUCCUUUGCAUAAAAAUCAUCAGGUCGUGUUGUCCUCUGUUUUAUCUGCUCUAUCUGGUUGCCAAGUUUCGACUGUAAUUUUAAUUAACCUUAAUUGGUCAUGCCAUGGAAUUGGUUCAGCAAUUCCUAUCGCUCCUGCAACAUUGGUCCAGCAGAGGACCACUCACACGUCGCCCAAAAUUAUAGGAUCAUUAAGCUAA